GCCGAAGUAACAAUUCCUGAUGGUUCAAUGAAAGAUAUGUCGCAUGGGGAGCCAGAUAAUUUCGACUUCGGUGAUUCUCACGAGGACUUUGACGCCAUUUACGACAAUGCGGAAGAACACGACGUCGGGAAUGUCCAGCAAGAGCACGGAUCAGUUUUAGUGCAUCUUCUCAGCCAGGUGAGUAUCGGGAUGGACCUAACGAAAGUCACACUGCCUACUUUCAUUCUGGAACGUCGUUCGUUAUUGGAAAUGUAUGCCGAUUUCUUUGCUCAUCCAGAUGCAUUUAUUGUCACUGUUGAUCUCGAAACGCCUCAGGACAGAUUCGUGUCGGUGGUGAAGUACUAUCUGAAUGCCUUCUACGCGGCGAGAAAAAGUGGCGUGGCAAAGAAGCCAUAUAACCCAAUUCUGGGAGAGACAUUUCGUUGUCGCUACAAUGUACCUAAUCUUCCGCAUACCGGUGUCAAAACGGAAAAUGGGCCAUUUCCUGGUUCAGAUGAGAACCAGUUGACAUUUAUCGCCGAGCAGGUAAGUCACCAUCCACCCGUGUCGGCGUUUUAUGCUGAGCAUCCGGGAAAACGAAUAUCGUUCAACGCUCAUAUUUAUACUAAGUCGUCCUUUUUAGGAUUGUCAAUCGGAGUUGCCAAUAUUGGUAGUGGUACAGUAACUCUUCAUGAUCGCGAUGAAAAGUAUACGGUAACGUUUCCGAGUGGAUAUGGUCGUUCCAUUAUGAGUACGCCGUGGGUCGAACUCGGAGGGAAGAGAGAGACAGUUAGCACAUCGAUACUUGAUGCAGGUGGGUCCAAGCUCAAAUUAAAUGAAGUUCACAGAGCUACAUCGGCUGAUGUGAUUGUUCAACAUGAAGAAGCUCCUUUGUACUUUAAUUUCAAUACACAACCAUCAUGUUCUGCUUUCUGCAGGGAAAGCUGUAAAAAGCCGUUUAUGACAAUUCGUGGAGAGUGGAAUAAUGUGAUGAUGGCAAAACCAGCUUAUGGUGACGAGUACUUAUUCAUUGAUGUGAAGGCUCAACCGGAGAUGAAGAAGGAAUGUGUACCAGUCAUGCAACAAGGAGAACGAGAGAGUCGGCGAUUAUGGCGGCAUGUGACAGUAGCAUUGCUCCGGAAUCGUAUCAAUGUUGCGACGACUGCGAAACGGUUAAUAGAACAACGACAACGAGCAGAAGCGAAACAGCGUCUUGAAAAAGGCGAACGUUGGAAAACACGUUACUUCUCCCUGACUUCCAAUAACACCUGGGUGUUCAAUGAUCCACUGGAGAUGCGAUUGUGA